AUGCAGUGCAGCACUGAUGCAAGCUCUCAUACUGCUGCAAUCAUGGCUACCACUUGCACUUUUCAUGGCUUGGUUGUUAUUCAAAAUGCCUCUCGGUUCCAACACGACAACAAACAUUUCUGGAGAUACGACGGUUACAUUGCUCUUCCUGAUGGGGAUUUGGCCGUCGCCAUCUUCACGUUUGGAGCUAAUACCGCUUCGAGCGAAGAUGGUAUCUAUCUCAUGCACGCUCGAGCUAUGAUUGGUUCUGGUGUCUCUGACGAAGGCACGACUACUCACGCAUUACAUUUCUAUGCAAUUGAUGAAUUAGAACCUCUUGAUGACGGCAACCGCGCGUUGCCGAUGCUCUUUGUAGCAGGCAAAGUUUCUCGAAGCAAUUUUGCUUUAGAACAAGAUCAUGGCUUCGACAUCGACAUUUCACAAUAUGUUUUUGCACCUCAGCAAAACAUUCGCGUUUGUUGCUACUAUCCACAAGGUCAUCCUCGCUUAUCCAAAACUCCCCUACCUUCCGCUUCAAAGCACGUGGUUGUACAAGGCACUAUCUUACGCAUUGAGAACGAGCGUUGCGUCCUUGCCGUCAAAGACAUUGCAUUCGGGCCUAGCGACAACGUCGUGGCUGGCCCUACGUCCGAUGUCGUUUCUUCUACAUCAUCUAAAGGAUUUGAUUGGAGUGGUAAGAAAAAGUGUAACACCAAAUCGAAGGAUUCCGCAGAUGAGAAAGGUAAGGAGAAGAGCAAGAGAGGACGAGAGGACGACGAAGAACAUGACGUCAUACCUCUGUCGACUUCUAAAGCUGGGAGUUCCAAAGCUGCCCGGUCUUAA